UCCUUCGCGUCCGUGGCGGAAAUACCUUCCGUGGAGAUGAAACCUGCCGUGGACGAGAUGUUCCCCGAGGGCGCGGGACCCUACGUGGACCUGGACGAGGCAGGGGGCAGCAGCGGGCUGCUGAUGGACCUGGCAGCCAAUGAGAAAGCGGUACACUCGGACUUCUUCAACGGUGAGAUUUCUCCUCUCUAUCAAUUUAAAAAAAAAAAGAAAUAA